CAUUUUUGACGGAGACCGUGGUUACCAUGGACGCAGAGGAUUUAUAAUGUGUAAAAUAUGAUAAAUAUAAUAUAAUGAUAUCAUCCGCACGCAGCAGCAGUCAUACCAGUCAAAGAGUUUUUAAAGAACCUGGAAACUACUACCGACGAUACCCGGAUGUAGUCGCAGUUUUCCACAACAACAGAUAUUGUCUAGAGUGGCGGAGGUCCAGGUGGACGGGAUGAGUCACUCCUGGCUCCCUGAGCUGGUCUCAGGUCUGUGUCACACACCAGAGGACGAUCCUUUCCCCCUGUGGCAGGAUGGACACGUCAGUCCCUGCUUCAACCAGCUGGUCCUCGGAGCCCUGCCCCAUGCUGGGAUGGCGGUUUUCAGUGCCUGCUACCUGAGCUUAGCUAGAAGCAGCAUCCUUCAGACAUCUGCUCCAUGCGGCUGGACGCUCCGACUGUCCUCGGCUGUGCUGGCUGUGCUGUUCUUUACUGCAGACAUCGUCUUGGUGGGCGUCCUGCAGCAGGCGGACAUGUAUCUGGACAUCCUAGCUGACAGCUGGGCCCUCCUGGCCUGGCUGGUCCACUGCGGCACAAUCGGAGUGAUUCUUAGAACUAGUGUUAGGAGAACCAGAGGACCGCCGCUGCUUCUUGCUGUGAUGCUUCUUUUAGUGCCCAAUAUAGUCAUUACCUUGAUGAUCUACUGCAACAGCAGGGGAUAUCUAAGCCCAACAGAACCUCUUAAACUGGCCAGGUUUGUCCUCACCUCAGCCCGGGCGUUCCUUUUACUCCUUUACCUUCUCGGAAUUGCCUUCCCCUGUAUGGACCGUGCUGAUUACACCUUGCAUAUAAACGCUGCAGACGGAUCGCCUCUCCUUCCAGAGAGCACUGAGCCCGACACGGGUGAGGUGGUAGCUGAGGACGGAAGCAGCUGCGUGUCUCGGCUCUUCUACCUGUGGCUGAAUCCGUUACUCAGACGAGGGCAGCGAGGAGACCUGGAGAGACCGCAGCACGUGUACCACCUUCCCUGGAAACUUCGGACCGCGGUUGUUUGGAGAUACUUCCACCGCUGUUGGGAGGCAUGUGGUAGUGGGGCAGGAAUGAGCGGCCAGCAGGAUCAGUGGCCCAGACCGGUCAGCAGCGUGAAAGGAUCAGACUGUAGGGAGGGGCUGCUGGAACUGGAGGGGGAUGUAAGAUUACUGAGAGUGUUGCACAAAGCAUUUGGGUUGCGGUACUACAUCCUGGGUGUGCUCAAGGUGACGGUAAACAUAUCUUCGUUUGCAGGUCCCCUGCUUCUCAGCAGUCUAGUGAGCUUUAUAGAGGAGAAGGGCGCCCCCUUCAGUAAAGGAGUCAUCUGUGUGCUGGGCCUGUUUGCCACAACACUCCUAAGUUCAGUCCUCCGCAACAUCUACGUCUUUCAGAUAUCCAAGAUCUCCCUGUCAGCACGGGCCUCGCUGGUGUCGGCAAUCUACGGCAAAGCGCUGCAGGUCAGCAGCUGCAGCCUGGCCGGCUUCACGCUGGGAGAGGUGGUGAACCUGAUGAGCACCGACACCGACCGCGUGGUCAACUUCUUCAACAGUUUCCACGAGCUGUGGAGCCUGCCUUUCUGCUUCUCCGUCACCCUCUACCUGCUGUACCUGCAGGUAGGCGCAGCUUUCCUCGGGGGGCUCUGCGUGGCGCUGGUCCUGGUGCCUUUCAACAAGUUCCUCGCCUCCCGUAUCCUAAGCAACAACAAAAACAUGCUGAGGUACAAAGAUAACCGAGUUAAGUUAAUGACAGAGAUCCUCUUCGGCAUCCGUGUCAUCAAGUUCUAUAACUGGGAGCCUCACUUUACCCAGAAGGUGGCUAAAUAUCGGGAAAAGGAGCUGUUGCACCUCAAGAACCUCAAGUACCUGGAUGCGCUGUGUGUUUACACCUGGGCCGCUCUGCCUGUGGUCAUCUGUGUCCUCACCUUUGUUACAUAUGUGCUACUUGGACACCAACUAACUGCUGCCAAGGUUUUCACCACUGUUGCCCUGGUAGGAAUGCUGAUCGUUCCUCUCAAUGCUUUCCCCUGGGUGCUCAAUGGGAUCCUUGAAGCCAAAGUGUCCCUGGAACGAAUCCAGCGCUUCUUCAAACUGACCAACCAGGAUCUGCAGGCCUACUACGCUCUGGUGUCUCCUGAAGAUACGAGUCAGACAUCCAUCCUGCUGAGGCAGGGGGCGUUUUCCUGGCAGGGACCCGAUGUGAAUGAGGCGGGAGAAACUGAAAAUGAGGUCGGGAGAGGAAGUCUGCUCCUCCACAGCCUGGAUCUACACGUAAUAAAGGGCUCUCUGGUGGUCGUCGUGGGGAAGGUCGGCUGUGGGAAAAGCUCCUUGCUAGCCGCUAUCACUGGAGAACUCAGGAGGCUUAGCGGAGUGCUCUAUGUGGCCAACAGAGAGGCAGGCUUUGGUUUGGCCUCACAGGAGCCGUGGAUCCAACAUGCUUCAGUGCGAGACAACAUCCUGUUUGGCAAAGAUUACAGCGCGGCUCUCUACCAAGCUGUGAUCGAGGCCUGCGCGCUCUCCGAUGAUCUCAGCGUUUUACCAAACGGAGACAAAACAGAGGUGGGAGAAAAUGGAGUGACUCUGAGUGGAGGACAGAAGGCCCGGCUGGCCCUGGCCCGAGCCGUUUACAUGGAUAAAGAGAUCUACCUACUGGAUGAUCCACUGGCAGCUGUGGACACAGACGUGGCCGAACACCUCAUGAAGAAAUGCAUCCUGGAGCUCCUCAGAGGGAAGACCAGGAUCCUCUGCACCCACCGUAUAGAAUUUGUGGACAAGGCUGACAUGGUGAUCCUCAUGGACAGUGGGACCAUAGUUAAAACAGGAACACCAGCGGAGAUCCUCCCUUUGAUACAGUCUGAGCCGCAAAUUGGGAGAAGCAACCAGAAAGCAGGACCUAAAGAUGAGCCUCAGAGUGAGGAAGAUCUUGGUUCCCUCCCUGAUCUCUGUGCAGAUGAUGAUCCUGAUGUGUUGGGUGAAGAGCAGAAACGAGUGGGCGGACUGGCUUGGGGGGUGUAUAAGACCUACUGGUUUGCUGUGGGUGGAGCGCUGGCUGCCUCCAUCUUGAUGUCGCUGCUUCUGAUGCAAGCCUCUAAGAACGUUUCUGACUGGUGGCUCUCCCAUUGGAUCUCUUCAUUGAAAAACAACGGCUCCAGUUGUGCUAAUGAUUCCUCCUCGACUCAUCUUCUUCCUCACCUGCUGCUUUUUUCACCCGGUCGCCUAACAAGUCCUCUGCUCUCUAUGGAAGCUCUGCCUUCCACCAACACCACCAGGGACGUUCGGUUCUAUCUGACAAUCUACGGCUCCAUCGCUGCCUCCAACACCGUGUUCACAGCCCUUCGAGCUUUCCUCUUUGCCUAUGGCGUCAUCUGUGCAGCCUCUGUCAUCCACAACAGGCUUCUGGACCGGGUCCUCAAGGCAACAGUGACCUUCUUUGACAUCACCCCUUUGGGCCGCAUACUCAACCGUUUCUCCUCAGACCUGUACAGCGUGGACGACAGCUUACCGUUCAUCCUGAACAUCCUGCUAGCCAACAUCUUCGGUCUGCUGGGCAUGCUGGUGGUGAUAAGCUACGGCCUGCCGUGGGUGCUGGUGCCUCUGCUCCCCCUGGCUCUGCUCUACCACCAGACGCAACGCUUCUACAGACACAGCUCCCGGGAGCUGAAGCGCCUGUGCAGCCUCACCCUGUCGCCUAUCUACUCUCACUUCUCAGAGACCAUUGCUGGGCUGGGAACCAUCAGGGCGAGUUGUAGCUCUGCCAGGUUCAGGGAGGAGAACUCCAAACGCCUGGAGCAGAACCAGCGCUGCCUGUUCGUCAGCAACGCCGCCAUGCAGUGGCUGGACAUCCGCCUGCAGCUGAUUGGUGUUGCUGUGGUGACAGGGCUCGGGGUGAUAGCUGUCAUCCAGCAGCAGUAUGGCGUUGUGGACCCAGGUCUGUUGGGUUUGUCCCUGUCUUACGCUCUGUCCAUCACACAACUGCUGUCUGGGCUCAUAUUCAGCUUCACACAGACUGAAAUGCAGAUGGUUAGUGUGGAGCGAACAGAGGAAUACUCAACUGAAUUGCCAACUGAGCCUCAGGAGCUCAAUGUGCAGGUAAGACCUAAAAACAAAUCAGCUUCGCAAUUGGAACAGGUUUUUAAUCCUUUGCUAUUUCUCUUCGACUUUGUUGUUUUGGUACACCAGCUGCCCGCUGCAUGGCCUGAACGAGGCUCCUUGGAGUUCUGCGAUGUGGUUCUGGCCUACAGGGAAGGUCUUCCUAACGCCUUGGAUGGUGUGAGCCUGACGGUGAGACCUGGGGAGAAGAUAGGCAUCGUGGGACGGACAGGCUCCGGAAAAUCCACCAUGUUUCUGGCCCUGUUUCGUAUGGUGGAACUCAACCAGGGGCAGAUCCUCCUGGAUCAGCUGGAUAUCAGCACUGUUGGCGUUGCUCAGCUAAGGUCAAGGCUGGCCAUUAUUCCUCAAGACCCCUUCCUGUUCAGUGGGACCGUCAGGGAUAAUCUGGACCCUUGUAAGAGACACCUGGACCAGCAGCUGCUAGAGGUUCUGGAUCAGUGCCACCUGAGCUCCGUGGUCAGCAGGAUGGGGGGCCUGGAGGCUGAGGUUGGAGAACGAGGAAAGUUCUUCUCAGCGGGACAGAGGCAGCUGCUGUGUUUAGCCAGAGCUCUGUUAACUCAGUCCAAGGUUCUUUGUAUCGAUGAAGCAACAGCCAGUGUGGACCAGAAGACGGACAAACUGCUACAGCAGACAAUCAGAGAGAGAUUUCAGGACAAUACGGUGCUCACUAUAGCCCACAGGAUCAACACCAUCAUGGACUGCGACCGUGUGCUUGUGAUGCAUGCUGGGAAGGUGGUGGAGUUUGACACGCCCGCAGCUCUCUGUCAGACGGACACAUCAAUCUUCCACAGACUGGUUGGUGGGCGAGGAAAUUAGCCAAUCAGCAGGAUGGAUGGAAAUGUUCUGAGAAGCAGAAAUCAGCUUCUCUACUUUAUGCCGGACUUUUAUUGAGACCUAGAAGAUUUCUACUGCACUAUCAUAAAAAAAACUGAAUGACUUCAUUUAUGUUACUAGAUGUUCUGCUGAAGAGGACAUCUGGGGUUGUGUUGAAAUUUUGUAAUAAACACAAAAACGUUUCCUCUAA